AUGAGCGGCGUAUAGAUAUCCAUCGAGCUAGCUUUCUAAUAAUGAGCUAGGCUACUCGUUGAACGUCAAUGACAAUAAAGUUUACGAAUACCCCUCAACAACGGCGUCUCUGUGUCUAACUGUACCCAUCUAACAAGCGCGAUUUUCUUUCAUAAAACCCAUGCAACGGGAAUGUCGGCGCGCGACGGCGUGUGCCUCGCCAUGCCAUCUGUGAGUGAGCAAGGAGGAGCGCGAGAAAGUGUCACUGGUACUACAACGGCUCACACACGCAGAGCGUAGCCUACAGAGCGUGUGUGAGGGAGUGUGUAUGUAGAGAGAUCGGAGAAAGCCAGCCUGCAAGAGCAGGAGGAAAACCCAAGAGCGCUACGCUUGAUAAAACAGCGUUUCUAAGCAACCGGCCCGUUCGGCGAGGCUCUCGUGCCUUUCUGAAGUCAGUGUGCGGCGGGUGCCGUGCGAAUUCCGCUAUUUACGGUACACCAUUCCAUUUCAUCUUUGCGUUCCACAAUGGACUAGCGGGGCACCCACUGCAACACAGCGCCGUAUAGGUGAGACGUCCAUUCUGUUCUGCGCCAACAACACAUUGCCGAGCCAGCGUCUCGAUUCGGACCUCUCCUGUUGGCACAGCGCACACAUAGGAUGAUUUUGCAUAGAGCAACACAUUGAGAGGGUAGUUUUCGCAAGCACCGGGUCUCGGAUUAUCGGUGAUUUUAACUUCGUCGGGAUGGGCAAGGAACACGAACUACUGGAGGCAGCCCGGACUGGGAAUAUUGUAUUGGUGGAAAAACUAUUAAGUGGCAAGAAAGGAUUACUGGGCUCUGGUUCCGGAUCCAACCAUCUCCCCAAUUUACUGAGUAUCUGGCGAGGGCUGAAUGUGAACUGCGCUGAUAGCUCAGGAUACACACCUCUUCAUCAUGCUGCUUUGAAUGGACACAGGGAUGUGGUGCUGAAGCUGCUGCAGUUUGAAGCCUCCACUAAUGUGGCUGACAGUAAUGGCUGCUUCCCCCUGCACCUGGCCGCCUGGAGGGGAGAUGUGGAGAUUGUCCGCAUCCUCAUCCACCACGGGCCCUCACACUGCAGGGUCAAUGAGCAGAACCAUGAGAAGGAGACGGCGCUGCACUGCGCGGCCCAGUACGGCCACUCAGACGUGGUUGGGGUGCUGCUGCGCGAGCUCACGGACCCCAGCAUGCGUAACCGGCGCGGCGAGACGCCGCUGGACCUGGCGGCGCUGUACGGGCGCCUGCCCGUGGUGUGCAUGCUGGUGAACGCCCACCCGGCACUCAUGCACAGCAGCCACACGCGCCAGCACACGCCGCUGCACCUGGCCGCCCGCAACGGGCACCACGCCGCCGCCAGUGUCCUCAUCGAGACCGGCAUGGAUGUCAACGUGCAGACAGAGAAGGGCAGUGCUCUGCAUGAAGCAGCUCUCUUUGGGAAGAUUGAUGUAGUGCGACUACUGCUUGACUCAGGGAUUGAUGUGAAUAUCAGAGACUACCAGGGAAGGACAGCACUGGACAUCCUCAGAGAGCAUCCGACGCAGAAAUCACAACAGAUCGCUGGCCUUAUACAAGACUACAUUCUGGACGAGUGUGACCGGAGUCUACUAGAGGAGCCCAUACGCCACUGCCCCAUCCCCACCCCACGCACCUCCAUGUCCUCACCAGCAGCCUCGCCCUCCCUCAGACACAAGAACGACGUGGUGACGGGGGAGUUGUCCCGGUUGCUGAGCGAGAUCAAGCGGUGUCGGGACAGGGACUACUCCUUCGAGGAGCUCUGCCACACCAUCUCCUCCCACUCCAUGGAGAGUUUCGGCAGCGGACGCCUGUCUGACGAGGAGCGCAACGGCACCCUCGGACGGGUCAGCAAGAGGCCGACCCCCCCACUGCCCCCAGCACUUGAGGAAGAGGAGAAGAGCUGUGGUCCUGCUGGCUUCUGGGAGGCGCUCACCCCCUGCAACGGAUGCAGAAACCUGGGCUUCCCCAGCCUCUCUCAGGAUUCCAAGCGGUCGUGCGAGAUCGUGCCGUCCCCUUCGCUGGACGUGUUUUUGCCAGAGGACGAGGAUAAUCCGUACGAGUCGGUGGCGACGGCCGUCACGCGCAAACCCUGCUCACUGGACGUCAGCCGUCUGCACUCCUGCCCCCGCAACGGCCAUUCCCCGCAUGUGACCAUUGACGAGUCGGAGCUGUGUAACCAUGGCAACUCCUCCUGUGGGCCAACCCCAGACUGUUCCCCGCCUUCCCCAGACACGGCGCUGAGGAACAUCGAGAGAGUGAUCCGUCCACAGCCCAAACAGCGCACCUCGUCCAGCCAGGAUGUCCAGCCGCCGAAGCCGCCCAACCCCGGCUACGACCCCUCAGAGGUGAGCUCGUCGCUAGGCUACGCCAGCUUCAGCACCAGCCCCCCCGUCAGCCCCGCCAACUACUCCAUCGGCUCCGGGGAGGACGGCACCCUGCCAGACGAGACCCCGCCACAGCGUGAGUGUGUGCUGAGGGACGAGCGGCGCGAGAGCCGCAUCCCGGAGGAGUUCGCCGGCCUGCUGCACGGCUCCUCCCCCGCCUGCGAGACGCCCGACACGCCCUACCAGCUCUACGGCCGCGCCAACAACAACAACGCCCCCCCGCGUUACCACGGCAACCUGCUCCUGCCCCCUCCGCCGCCCUCGCCCCCCUCCGCCGCCCCUCCUACCCCCCUCCCUCGCACCUCCAGCGACUCCUCCGCAACCUCCACGACCUCCAAAGGUCAACAGCCGGGUGGUCAGCAGCCGCGCAACGAGCCCAAACCGCAAAUCCUCUACCGGACCAUCUUCACCACGCGGGUCAACCAGAACCAGAGUGACCACCCGGGUCCCGGCGCCACGAGGGCCCAGCCGAGCCCCGCCACGGGCGCCCAUGUGAGGAACGGCGGCAGCAGCAGCAGCAGUGCGGGCACCAGUCCCUCGGGCAGCAGUGGCACGGGCACCGGCACUGUGGUCGCCUCCGCAGCCGCCACCACUGCCGUCGCCGGGGGCAACAGCAGCUUCGAGGAGCGCGCCUGCACACUGGGCAGGAUGCGGUCGGUGCCACGGAAGGUUCUGGACCUGCAACUUUCCCGGAGUAUGUCCAAGUCCGACUCCAACCUGGUGGGAACCUCGCCUGUGGAGGAGGGUGGAGGUGGAGGGGGAGGCCGGGGGCAGACCAGCCCAGGGAAGGGCAGCACCGGUGGGCCGAGGCUGGAGAGGACGCCCUCCUUCACUGCUGAGUGGGAGGAGAUUGACAAGAUCAUGAGCUCAAUAGGAGCAGGAAUUGGCACGGGAUUGGACGAAGACGCAGACGAGGACUUUUCAGGACCCCGCUGCCCGCUCCAGUCCGUGGGCCAGUGGCUCGACAGCAUCGGCCUGGUCCAGUACGAGAACCACUUGCUGGCCAACGGCUUCGACAACGUGCAGUUCAUGGGCAGUAAUGUGGUUGAAGAUCAGGACCUGCUGGAGAUCGGAAUCUUAAACUCAGCACACAGACAGCGCCUCCUGCAGGCCAUCCGGUUACUGCCACGGGUGCGCCCCAUAGGAUAUGAUGGGAACAACCCCACGUCCGUGGCGGAGUGGCUGGAGUCGCUGGAGCUGGGCGACUACACCAAGUCCUUCCUCAUCAACGGCUACACCUCCAUGGAGCUGGUCAAGAAGAUCUGGGAGAUCGAGCUCAUCAACGUGUUGAAGAUCAGUCUGAUUGGUCACAGGAAAAGGAUCCUUGCCUCGCUGGGGGAUCGCCUACACGAGGACGUGCCUCAGAAGCCUCCAAGAGCCAUCUCUCUGAGGGAGCCCAGCGGUAACCACACCCCGCCGUCGCAGCUGUCGCCGUCACUGAGCCAGGCGGCCUACACCAACGCCGGCUCGCUGGACGUCCAGCACCUCAUCAUGCAGGCGGACGCACGGCGCCGACGCAACGACAACUACUUCGAGGAUGUGCCUCGCUCCAAACUCGAGCGGCAGAUGGCCCAAGUCAGCAUGCAAGGAGAAUGGUGUGAACCAAUCACGUUGCGACCCCCAAACGAGGCCACAUCAUCCACUCCAGUGCAGUACUGGCAACAUCAUCCGGAGAAGCUCAUCUUCCAGUCAUGUGACUACGAGGCAUACUAUCUGGGCUCCAUGUUGGUGAAGGAGCUGAGAGGCACGGAGUCAACGCAGGACGCCUGCGCCAAGAUGAGGUCAACAGAACAAAUGAAGAAGGUGCCGACCAUCGUCCUCUCCGUCUCCUACAAGGGGGUCAAGUUCAUCGACGCCACCAACAAGAACAUCAUAGCGGAGCAUGAGAUCAGGAACAUCUCGUGUGCUGCUCAGGACCCCGAGGAUCUGUCCACGUUCGCCUACAUCACCAAAGACCUCAAGUCCAGCCACCACUACUGCCACGUCUUCACAGCCUUCGAUGUGAACCUGGCGUACGAGAUCAUCCUGACGCUGGGCCAGGCGUUUGAGGUGGCCUACCAGCUGGCCCUGCAGGCGCGGAAGAGUGGCCACGGCUCCAGCACGCUCCCCGAGAGCUUCGACAGCAAGCCGGCUAAACCCGUUCCCAAGCCCCGCGUCAACAUCCGCAAGUCUAUGGAGCAGCCCUCGAUGGACCAGAAAGGCCACGCCAACGUCCCCUGGAUAGUGGAGCCCAACCAAGAGGCCAAGCGAGGCGCCAACACCAAGACAAUGGCGGACGCCCAUGUCUAUUACUCUGGAAUGCAAAGAAUGUAGCCAGCUCUUAACAUGGACCCUCACACAAACACACAAUGCAAAAGGACCACCGACAUGGACCCCUGUCUCUCUCUCUGUCUCUCUCUCUCUCUCCCUCACACACACACACACACAAAAGAAAUGUCUCAAAGGACUACAAACAUUGGAUGCCUGUUUUCUCUUGAACGUGUCAAAGGACUACAAACAUGGACUCCUGUUUGUCAAAGUGUCAAAGGACUACCAACAUGGACGCUCUCAGGCGUUGACAUUCAAUUCAAAAGUUUACUUCAGAUGAGGACUUCGUCACUUGGUGUCAAAAUGGAUAUAGACCCAAAGACUAAAUGCCUUUCUCCCAAAUGACAUCUUCCCAUACACGCUUACAUACAUGCGUACACACACACACACACACACACACACACACACACAGAAACAUACGAUUUAAGGACUGCACACUAACAGAUAUUUGUUUGAUUUGAAUGUAAACUUUAAUUGAGUCUCACCACAAAGGACUGCAGCUGCCCCAGGAGACAAACACCUAGGCAACCGUUGCUGUGGAUAUUUGUGUUUUUUUUCCUUUUCUCACAGGCACCUCUUUGCUCUCCGAACAUAAAGAAAAGCAAGACUACACAUCGGUGGCAUGAAAAAAAGAUCGCCUGAUUUGCCAUUUCAGUUCUUCUUGUUGUUCAUUUGGUUUUGUUUAUUAUUUGUUUCGUUCUCUUGUUUGUUUCUUUUCUAUCUUUCCCUUUAUGAUAAACAAUACAAUAUGAAUAUGCACAAUGUGAAUGGACUCACCGCAUGGAACUGGUAUAACAAGAGAUGUGUGUAAAUGCUGACAUCACCUGGAGUGGUCUGCAGACAUGAGUGGCCUGUCUUUGCAGAGAAAUGUUCAUAUUGAAAGACAUUUUAAAUGUUUAAUAUGAGAUUCUAUUACUGUUAAUUAUAAUUAUAAUUAUUGUUGUUGUGCAAUUCUUGUCUAAUGUUGUCUCAAUGUUACAUUAUUUUUGUAUGACAUGUCGAAAAAUCGGGCUACAGAACAAUAGCCAUUUUCAAUGCAGAUUAAAAAUAUAUUAUAGUACUAUGGAAGAUGGUAAAUGGAUGGAUUUGGAUUUCAGGUGAAUACGACAUCAACUCCUAUGGGGCUGACACUAUACCUACAAGCAGAUGUUCCUAUUUUGACGCAGUACUACAGUAUGACUGGCCAUAGCUCUCGUGUACAGAAAUAUUUUGCCAAUCUCAUUGUUCAAAAAAAAGAAAAACUGAGUUUGCAUUACAACGCACUGGAAAGAUGGUACCAAAAUCAAAGCUCAAAGACUAAAAUAAAAAAGAGAAAAUAAAAA